AUGGUUGCGAACCACUUCUUGUCCGACAAGGGUUUCGUUCUUACUCCGCUGGGAACUGAUUUCAGAACGGUAUCUUUUUUUUCUAGCGCUGUCAAUCUCAAACGUGAUUUUAACCUGAAUGAAAACCCAUCAAAUACAUGCAAUACGCUUGAUUUAUUUAGAGUUUGGGAGUUAGAUGAGGAGGUCCUUCGUUUUGCCUCGGAUGAACACCCCAUGAAUUACAACGCAUGGCAAUAUCGCCGUGCCCGCCUGACGUUAUUGCGAUGUUGUGGCCCUCCUUGCUUUUUUUCAAACAACCCUGAAAACUCGAUUUAUUGGGAUUUUAUCCAGCGUAGUGUGGUGGAAGUGAUGAGUUAUCUUGAAAUCCACAACGCAGAUUCGUCGGCCUGCGCAUUUUUGCUAUUUUUAUUUCACCAAUGUGCACCCAACGAAGGGGCGGACCUUCACGAGGGCGAGGACUCCUCCGAUGUUCCUGAUAAUCACCGCCGGUCUAGGGUGGAGCGGCCCUUUUCGGUCUUUUUAUGGAAUUCUUUGAUGACCUUCACCCAGCGAGAAUUACAUCGGCAUGUGGAUAAAGGUCAUGAGGGUAUGUGGUCCUUACGGCUUGGGCUUAUUCACUACGCCCUCACGUUUAAUUCCAAAAACCUUUUAUUAGGCUCGCCUUUCUUGUCUUCCUGGACGGUGGCUGAUGAGCUGGAGUGGAUUUCGGUCUACGUUGAAGGGUUUUACGAUAAAACCGCGAUGGGAGUUGAUAAUGGUGCUUUAGAUGAGGGACUUUUAGCACCUUGUGGGGACCUUGCGCGGGCGUGGGUGGAAAGUUCGGGGUCCGCGGCGUGGUCUUCCUUUUUGGCGACGCGGUAUGGCCUGCAGCUUAUUCGGUUGUUGACGCCAUCCAACGCCCGCGAAUUGCGAGGUUGA